AAAUUAGAUAUGGCAGCGUAUCCUGUGGAAAGCAUUAGGAACUUCAGUAUUAUAGCUCAUGUAGAUCAUGGCAAAAGUACACUAGCAGACAGAUUGCUGGAAAUUACAGGAACAAUUUCUAAAACUGACCGUAAUAAACAAGUGCUGGAUAAACUUCAAGUGGAACGUGAAAGAGGAAUUACAGUUAAAGCCCAAUCUGCAUCUCUCUUUUACAAUCAUGAAGGAGUAAACUACCUCUUAAAUCUUAUUGACACACCAGGCCACGUAGAUUUCAGCUAUGAAGUAUCACGGUCACUAUCUGCCUGUCAAGGUGUCAUACUUGUAGUGGAUGCAAAUGAGGGUAUUCAGGCUCAGACAGUGGCAAACUUCUAUCUCGCCUUUGAAGCACAGCUUUCAAUAAUUCCUGUCAUAAACAAGAUUGACUUGAAAAACGCAGACCCUGAAAGAGUUGAAAAACAAAUUGAGAAGCUGUUUGAUAUCCCUACAGAUGAAUGUAUAAGGAUUUCUGCUAAACAAGGAACAAAUGUUGAAAAAGUUCUUCAAAAGGUCAUUGAGAAGAUCCCACCACCCCAGUGUAAUACUGCUGAGCCAUUGAAAGCCUUAGUAUUUGACUCUACCUUUGACCACUACCGAGGUGUCAUAGCUAACAUUGCGCUCUUUGGUGGGGAGAUUGCAAAAGGACAGAAAAUUGUGUCUGCACACACUAAGAAAAGAUAUGAAGUUAAUGAAGUUGGAAUUCUGACUCCAAAUGAACAGCCAACACAUAAACUCUAUGCAGGACAGGUGGGGUACCUGAUUGCUGGAAUGAAAGAAGUAACGGAAGCCCAAAUAGGAGACACAUUGUUUCUGUAUAAACAGCCAGUGGAGCCUUUGCCUGGCUUUAAGUCAGCGAAGCCAAUGGUUUUUGCAGGAAUGUAUCCAAUAGAUCAAACAGAAUAUAAUAAUCUCAAAAGUGCUUUGGAAAGGCUGACAUUGAAUGACUCCAGUGUAACUGUUCAUCGUGACAGUAGCCUUGCCUUAGGAGCUGGAUGGAGAUUGGGCUUCCUUGGUCUUCUACAUAUGGAAGUCUUUAAUCAGCGUUUGGAACAAGAGUAUAACAUAUCUGUUAUUUUGACUGCACCUACAGUUCCAUAUAAAGCUGUUCUUUCCUCAGCAAAGUUGAUAAAGGAGUAUGGAAAAGAGCAAAUUACUAUUAUCAGCCCUGCUCAGUUUCCUGAUAAACUUUCAGUAUCAGAAUAUUUGGAGCCAACUGUUCUUGGUACUAUUGUAACACCUCAUGAAUAUAUUGGGAAAAUAAUUACCUUAUGUCAGGAUCGUAGGGCAGUCCAGAAAGAUAUGUUGUACAUUGAUGAAAACAGGGUUAUGCUAAAAUACCUCUUUCCACUGAAUGAAAUUGUGGUGGAUUUUUAUGAUGCUCUUAAGUCUCUGUCUUCUGGCUAUGCAAGUUUUGAUUAUGAAGAUGCAGGUUACCAAUCAGCAGACCUAAUCAAAAUGGAUAUUCUUCUAAAUGGAAAUCCAGUUGAAGAACUGGCAACUAUCAUACACAAUGAUAAAGCCUAUGCUGCUGGUAAACUCCUGUGUGAACGUUUAAAAGAAACUAUUCCUAGACAGUUGUUUGAAAUAGCCAUCCAGGCUGCAAUUGGCAAGAAAAUCAUUGCAAGAGAAACGCUGAAACCUUACAGAAAAAAUGUUGUGGCAAAAUGUUAUGGUGGCGACAUUACAAGAAGAAUGAAGCUUUUAAGAAAGCAAGCAGAAGGCAAGAGAUUAAUGAGAAAAAUCGGCAAUGUUGAGGUUCCAAGAGAUGCCUUUAUACGUGUUCUAAAGAGAGAAACUGACAAAUAGAGAUCAGUGACAUCUGAUCUUCCAGAUCAUGUCAGCUUUUUGCAGACAGUAGCAAAGUGAGCUAAUAAGGGAUUUAUCACCGUGAGAGGCAACAUACUUGAAUGUAAAUAGCAUGAAUUUAAUAUACAUGGCAAGAUGAAUUGAUUUAAAAAUGUACAUAUAUUUGUAGAUUAUUAUGAAAUUAAAGUUAUUUGACUGCAUCUAAAAGUUCACAUGA